GUGUGAUAGUUCCAGAAACAUCCUCCUCUUCGCCAUUCCCAACUCGAUUGCUGCGCUUCCCUCAGAUCCAGCGCCUGCCCAAGCCUACGCGGGAUGCCACCGCCGCCGCCGCCGCAGCCGCAGCCGACGACGACAGCGACGACGUCGGCGAACGGGGGGAAGGUGACCCCGAACCUGACGAUGGACGCCGAGGGCACGCGGCUGCUCAACCUCACCGUGCUGCAGCGCCUCGACCCCGCCGUCGAGGACAUCCUCAUCACCGCCGCCCACGUCACCCUCUACGACUUCAACAUCGACCUCAACCAGUGGAGUCGGAAAGAUGUGGAGGGGUCGCUGUUCGUUGUGAAGAGGAAUACUCAGCCGAGGUUCCAGUUCAUCGUUAUGAACAGGCGUAACACGGAUAAUCUGGUGGAGGAUCUAUUGAGUGAUUUUGAAUAUGAACUUCAACCUCCGUAUUUGUUGUACCGCAAUGCUGCCCAAGAAGUAAAUGGUAUCUGGUUCUACAAUCAACAUGACUGCGAAGCUGUUGCAAGUCUUUUUGGAAGAAUACUGAACGCAUAUGCCAAAGUGCCUCCAAAACCAAAAGUGCCUUCCACGAAAAGUGAGUUCGAGGAAUUGGAGGCUGUGCCUACAUCUGCAGCCAUAGAUGGUCCCCUUGAACCUUCGCCAGCGACCACCACUAUAGUUUCUGAUGCUCCUGAUGAAUCCCUGGUUAAUUACUUCAGUAGUGCUGCUAGCAUUGGCAGUGUCUCAAAUGCUCCAAUGGCUGGAAGGGCGCAUCCAUCCUCUGAGAGUGUUGCAACUCCCCAUGUGCCCUUGAUCAUUCCAUCUGCUACUCCGACACAUCAAAUACCCCCUCCUUUAGUCGGCUCAUCAGCUCCGCCACUGCCCCUCCAUGAUACUAAUGUCCACACUGCCCGUUCAGCAAAUCUUGUAACACCAGCAUUUUUUACGCCUCCGUCAUCCUCUUCUACAUCAAUGGUGCCUCCAGCUUCAUCCAUGAUGCCAACAGCACCACCUCUUCACCCAACUUCUGCAUCUGCUCAACGAGCAACAUAUGGAACCCCCCUACUCCAACCUUUUCCACCGCCAACUCCACCUCCAUCUCUUACCCCUUCAUACAAUGAGGGGCCUAUUAUUUCACGGGAUAAAGUUAAGGAAGCCCUCCUGAGACUUGUUCAGAAUGACCAGUUCAUCGAUUUAGUCUAUCGGGAGUUGCAGAAUGCACAUAUGUAGACUAAUUAUUAAGCUGUAUGGAGUUGUGGCCGCCACAAGAGUGCUUGUGUUCUUUGUGAGUUUUGUAUGCUUUAGUGCUUGGACUUCUGUAUAGCUGUCUUCAUUGUGGUGAUGUAGAGUCCUUAUAGCAGUGGUUGGCAGUAUUUAUAAUAUUCCUUAUUUCACGUACUGUCAAUGUCAUAGUAUAUUUAUGUAACAAAAAACGGAAGUAAAACAGGACUUGUGUAAGGGUGUUAAAUAUCAUAAUUUUUCGUGUGAUUUACUGAGCAAUGACCACCGCGGUGUCGGGGUUUUCAUA